UGUCUGCCCGAAAACGUCAAACUACAUACAUAUAUAAUGUUGAAUGUUAAUAGAAUCGAGGGGUUUAUAUCUGCGUUUAAAUUGCUUUCCAGAUUACUUAAGAAAAAAAAAAGUUUUAUAUUAAAAUAGAAUGACAGAAGGUCUUACUUUAAGGGUUUCUUUUCCUCAGUAAUGGUCCUUGUUGAUACUGAAACAAUUGCAGCAGACGAAAGAAUUCAAUUGGCUACCAAUGCCAGAGAGAACUUGGAUAUCGUUAAAGAAUGUCGCUCAAACCCUGAAUUGAUUUUGCAUGAAGCUUAUAGUCAUUUUACAGAAAGCCAAAAGGAGCAUUCAUUAACAUGUAGUACAUUGAGAGGACCUGAUAUGAUCAUUUUGCCCCCCCUCAUGUUUUACAACAAAACUUAUACAGAGAUGGUUAGUAUUAUCCAUUUUGGUAAGAACCUGUGUGGACAUGAUGGCAUCAUUCAUGGUGGAUUGGCUGCUACUAUUCUCGAUGAAGCAUUGGCUGCUGUGGCACUUCCCUCAUUACCCAAGCGAUUUGGUUUCACAGCAAAUCUAAAUGUCAACUACAGAAAACCCAUCUUGUCUGAUCAAUGGGUGGUCGUGCGAGCCAAAUUGGACAAAUUAGAAGAACGCAAAGCCUUUGUGUCUGCGCAUAUUGAAAGUGCAGAAGACAAAGCCAUAUUGACAGAAGCUACUUCAUUGUACAUUUCCCCUAAAUCCAUUCCCAAGAACUAAUUAGUUACCAUGAAACAUUACUAUGACUACCAUUACUAUUGCUAUUAAUAGAUUAAAAUGCUUGGCA